AUGGCCUGGGCCCUGACGCUGCCGCUGGAGGAGCAUCGCAGCCGGAUCCUUUCCCCGGGUCGGUCUCUCCGUCCGUGCGUGGAUGAUCCAGUGACGUUUCUCCGCUCGUGUUUCCAGGAUGGCACAGCUGUGGGACGGGCCCAGCUCCCUGGCUUGGGUCGUGCUGAGAGCUCUGCUGCGUUUUGUCUUCAUCCGCUGCGUGUGUGGGACAGCGCCACCUUCUGGUACCUGGAGGGAGUGAUGUUCAAGUGGAUGCUGGCCAUGGUGUCCUCCUGGGGGUGGAUCGCAGGAUACACAGUGACUGAAUGGGGAGAUGAUGUCAAAGCGUUCUCAGAGGAGGAGGCCAUGGUGAUCGUGAACCACCAGUCCACAGGAGACGUCUGCACUCUCAUGAUGUGCCUACAGGACAAGGGCACAGUGGUGAGGAAGAUGAUGUGGCUCAUGGACCAUGUGUUCAAAUACACAAACUUCGGCCUGGUUUCUCUGAUCCACGGAGACUUCUUCAUCCGACAGGGUAAGGCGUACAGAGACAAACAGCUGGUGUACCUGAAGGAGCACCUGGAGCGGUUCUAUCACAGCCGCGACAGGAAGUGGAUCGUGCUUUUCCCUGAGGGCGGAUUCCUCAGAAAGAGACGAGAAACCAGCCAGCUGUUCGCCAAGAAGAACGCCCUCCCACACCUGACCCACGUGACUCUGCCGCGCACCGGGGCCACGCAGAUCAUUCUCAAGACUCUAGGGGGCGCUCAGGAGAAUGGCAGCGUUAGCGGCAGCACGGGCAACAACAAUCAGACAGGCGUCUCUAAGACCAAAGGGCUGCAGUGGGUAAUAGACGUGACUAUAGCGUACCCCAAAGCUCGACCAAUGGACAUCCAGACGUGGAUCUUUGGAUACCGCCCCCCGACUGUCACACACGUGCACUACAGGAUGUACCCCAUAAAGGAGGUGCCAGUGGAGGCCGAGGCGCUCACAGACUGGCUCUACCAGAGGUUCGUGGAGAAGGAGCAACUGCUGGAGCACUUCUACAGCACGGGUCUCUUCCCUCCGUCCGCCGGCCUCCCCCAGGCCUCUCCUCGCCACAUGAGUCUAGAUCCUGUGUGGUUGUGUGCAGUGCAGUCUCUGGCCUUCGCUUCAGGAUACAUGUGGUUCAGUGCCCUGCAAUACCUGUACUGCUGCGUCUUCUGA